AUGCCUCUCAAACACCGAAUCCUAGCCCUAGUCUUCCACGACUUCGAAGCCCUAGACCUCUUCGGCGCUCUAGGAGCCAUCGUCCCUCGCUCAGACUACUACACCUUGAAGCUAGUGAACGUUCACAACCUCCCCGCUCCUCAUGGCCUCGAAAGCUCUUUGAAAAACGGAAUCGGGACUCUCCCUAAUCUAUCUAUUGCCGAGGUCCUCGCCAGCAGAGAACCAUUCGAUACCCUCUUCAUACCUGGGGGCACGGGAUUUCAACCACUGGUCUGGGACCCUAUUUUGCUGGAGCAGAUUGGGUUGUUGUCUGAUCGGGCCCCGAAUGUGUUUACGGUUUGUACGGGGUCUUUGAUACUUGCUGCUACCGGGAGGUUGGAUAGGAGGUCGUCUACGACUAAUAAGAGGUUGUUUGAUGAGAUGACGCCUAAAUGGCCAAAGGUAAAGUGGCAGAAACAGGCCCGCUGGGUACAGGAUGGAAAAUUCCUGAUGUCGUCGGGCAUUACGGCGGGUCUGGAUGCAGCGUUGGCUUUUAUGGCUAUUACUUACGUUGCGCCUGAAAAUCGAGAGGCACAAGGACAAGAAAUUGAUGUGACCGGGGAGAAGACUGUGAUCCCGGGUUUUGAUCAUGGGAAGGCUCUGGAGUUUGCCCGUUCGAUUUCGUGGCGGUUGGAGUAUGAGUGGCAUGAGGAUCCUUCCAAUGAUCCCUUUGUUUGA